AGGGGGUGUGCAUGCGCACUGCACGACGCGCUCUCUUGACGCUCUGACUGGACUAAACGCAGGGAAAUAAAGUGCUCAUCUGUUUUUAUUGGCAGCUGUGGCGCGUCUCAGACCGCUGUCGUAACUCGAUCCACCGGAAAAAGUGGUUCGGUUUUCUGUAAAAGUCCAUCUGUACCAUCAGACUGACUGACUGCUGAAGGUGGAGGGGAUUCUCUCAAGGACCUGUUGAUCGUCUGCUACAAUGGAGGAACCAAGUGGACAAGCAUGAUAUCGGCUUGAGACGUAGAGGAAAAUUUGGACUCAAGAACUCCCUCUGAUAAUAAUGGAGAUCAUGGAUGCUCAGUGCGCCUUAGAAGCUGUGGAAAGACUGCAAGCCAAACUGAAGGAGCGAGGGGAGGCUCCCACUCAGGAAAAGCUCUCUGUGCUGAAGACUGUCCUGCAGAGUCCUCUUUUCCUGCACAUACUCAGCUUGCAGCAAGCUCAGCCAAAGCCUCCGGUGAAGGGGAAAGGCGUUUCCAAAUCUGUGUCCCUGAACUGUGGCCCAUGCCUGGACUUACCUGUUGGCCUAAAGGCACUGAGCCACAGCGACUCGUACACUUGGGCUGUGGAGAACCGAAAGUCUUUUCAGAAGGAUGGCAGCAUCUCCUCCUUUGGUUCACAUGAAAUAUCCUUCUCAGAUAUCUACCCAGACAACUUUUCUCACAAGGAAUCCCAGUACUGCACUCCUCCUCGUAUUUCCCGCACCAUGUCGAUGGGUAGGAACCUUUCUGCUAUUGCACAUGAGAGGCGUCACGUUGAGAUAAUAGAGCUGAUCAAUGAUGGGAAAGGACUUGGUUUUGGCAUCGUAGGAGGACACAGCACAGGAGUCAUGGUCAAGACAAUCCUACCUGGAGGAGCAGCAGGGAGGGACAGUCGCCUGCGCAGCGGAGAUCAGAUUCUGCAUAUUGGAGAUACAGACUUGGCAGGCAUGAGCAGUGAACAAGUUGCACAGGUGCUGCGAAAUGCUGGCAGCAGGGUGAAACUUCUCAUUGCCAGGGAUGUUACCAAACCCAAUUACCUCUCCUCCCCUGCUCUGAAUCAGGACACUUUGGACGACAAGCCCAGUGGCUUGAAUGAUGACUAUGAGUUCAGUGUCCAGUUCACUAAAAAUAGCCGGGGCCUGGGAUUUUCCAUCUCAAGCUACGUAGGAGACCUGAACUCAGUCUACAGUGCCGGUGUGAUGGUGAAGAGUAUAGUAAAGGGCAGUUCUGCAGAUCAAGAUGGACAGAUGCGGGUUGGAGACAUUAUCCUUUCUGUGGAUGGUGUGAGCCUUCAGGGCUGCAGUGAACAGCGAGCCAUGGAGGUGCUCAGGAGGACUGGUCCUGUUGUCAGGCUGAGGUUGCUGAGAAAGGCCGUCUGCCUUCGUCACAUCUUGCUCCCAGUUUCUCCUCUGCAGCCCCUCAGACACUCCCACAGCCUCCAUGAAGGCAGCCCUUACAAAUCAGGCCUCAACGAGAUUCAGGAGACAGGAAUCAGCUCUCUACGUGAAAUCUCCCGGCGAGCGGCAUAUGCCAGCAGACGACCCCGACACGAUCCCAGAGAUGGUGUGAAACUGACUCCAGAGGAAGAGGAAAACCUGAGGAAGAGGUGGCAGGAUGCCGUUGGACACCGAUUUGAAGUGACUGUCUGCCAGCUGGAGAGGUUCAGUGAAACAAGUGGUCUAGGUAUCAGUCUGGAGGCUCGGGCUGGACAUCACUACCUGUGCUCCAUCUUACCAGAGGGGCCUGUAGGUCAAUGUGGCAAAAUCUUUGCUGGAGACGAGAUAAUGGAAGUAAAUGGAGUCCCCCUCAUUGGACAGACACACAAAGAGGUGGUCAGUGUUCUGAAAGAACUGCCAGUGCAAGUAUACCUCGUGUGCUGCCGCAUUGUCCCCCCUUCAGUUCAUGACAGUGAUGAAGAAACAAAUGAUGAUGUCUGUCUGACUCUCAAGGAGCUGCUGGCUGAGUUCAAUGACAAGCUGGAUCACGGCUGUGUCAUACCCUGUCCUACAGCUGAGGACAUUACGAAGCGUGGCGUGCCCCCCAUGUCACCUCCUCUGGCCAUGUGGGAGAAAGAGGCUCAAAUUGUCGAGCUGGAAAAAGGCGAGUCGGGACUUGGCUUCAGCAUCCUGGACUACCAGGAUCCAGAGGAUGCCUCCAAAACAGUUCUGAUAAUCCGGUCACUGGUUCCUGGAGGUGUAGCAGAUCAAGAUGGCCGCCUGCUGCCUGGUGACCGACUAAUGUUUGUUAAUGAAACUGACCUGGAGGGUUCCAGCCUGGAUUAUGCUGUGCAUGUGCUGAAGUCUACUGAGUAUGGGCUUGUUCAAAUUGGCGUUGCUAAACCACUGCCGCUGGAACUGUGUGGUGGCUUGACACCCAUAGCGGAGCGAAGCGCGCGGCCUUCGACCGAUGACACUGACAGCCACACUCAGGUCAGCCUGCUAGCUGAGGCAGCUGAGGCCAAUUUCAACGGCACAACUUGGAACGCCGAGGACCACAGCUUGAGCCAGCCGUGUUACACGGAAAAUCAGCUGCGUUAUCGCUGCUGCGCAAUGGAAGAUGACGGUGGGCAGCAAGCUCCACCUCUGCCCCCUCGCACAAGCUUUGAGAGGACAAUCACUGUUGUCCGGGGCAACCGUAGCCUUGGGAUGUCGGUGAGUGCUAUCAAGGACGGCACAGGCAUGCUGGUCCGGAGCGUGGUCCAGGGGGGCUCUGUUUGCCAGGAUGGCAGACUGGGGGUGGGGGAUGUCAUCUUGGCCAUAAAUGGAGAACUUGCCUCAAAUCUGAGCAGCGCCCAGGCCAGGUCCAUGCUCCGCAGGCACUCUGUCAUAGGGCCAGAGAUGAGGAUAACCUAUGUUCCAGCUCAUCAGGUGGACGAGCACCGAACCCGUCUGGGUUUGCCUCCUCUGGCGUCCAUCUCAACAGACAGUCCAUCUUCUUCGCCCACCCUACCUACCUUUGAGCCUGAGUCGGUCUCAGUCAGAUCCUCCUGUCCUCCGGCUUCAUCAGCGCUCAGAUUGUCUGCCUCGGUCAAAUACAAAACAACAGCAGCUCCAGAGCCACCCACAGUCAGGGCCACUGUUUCAUUCAAAGCCUUCAGAGGGCCAGCCGUAGUCCCCACCAUCACCCUAGCCUCAGACACAAGCUGGCAGAUUCCAAAAUCCCUCCAAAGACCUCCAAAUAGCAAAGUGAAGGAAACGGAUGCAAAGGAGAGAGCAGACGAAACAAACGAAGGUGUAAAAGUAAAAAACCCACAAGUGAAAAUAAAGGUUGAUGGUAAAGAAGGGGUUUAUAAUGAAGAGGUCUGCUCCCAUGCAGCCUGGUCUUGGGAUCAGCCUAAAAGUGUGCAGCUGACUCGAGCACCGGGCCAAUCGCUGGGUAUCAGCAUUAUGGGAGGCAGAGGCAUGGGCCGCAGACUGAGCAGUGGAGAGAUGAUGAGGGGUGUCUUCAUCAAGCACAUCAGCCCCGACAGCCCUGCAGCACUUAAUGGCACCCUUAGAGUUGGGGACAGGAUACUGGAGGUGAGUGGCGUGGACCUGAGAGAUGCCAGCCAUGAGCAGGCAGUAGAAGCCAUCCGCAGGGCAGGUGACACUGUGCAGCUUCUGGUUCAGUCCGGUCUGGACAGAACCCAGUCUCCCAAUCCCAUCAAUCAUGAAAGACUAUCUCCUACACCGCUGUGCGACUCACACAACAACAAGGAGGCAGAGACUCUCAGCAGUCUGUUCCUCAGUCUUUCCCCUGCGAACCCCUUCACCCCCACCCCCUUUAAGGCCCCAUCGCCGACAUCCGAUAGAAUGGAUCGGCGAAGCCCCGUAAAUGUCACAACAGCAGCCGAUGCGGCAGCCGAGGACGGAGACGACACCGGCAGGAAGAAGAUGCUCCAGCGCUAUGGCAGCCUGUCAGGAAGGCUCCACAUGAUUGAGCUGGAGAAGGACCCUGCAGCUCACGGUUUGGGAAUUAGACUCGCAGGCAACGAGGAGGGCUCCAGGGCACGAAUGAGUGUCUGCGUGGAAGGAAUAGACCCGAACGGGCCUGCUGGCUUGGAUGGGAGAAUACAUGUUGGGGACGAGCUGCUGGAGAUAAAUGGUCAGAUCUUGUACGGUCGGAGUCAUCAAAAUGCUACCACCAUUAUCAACAACGCCCCCUCUAAAGUCAAGAUCAUUCUCAUCCGAAAUAAAGCAGGACAAAUGCUGAAGAGAAUCAGGAGGGAGGACGGGGACACAGUGGACUCUAAGACGGACGCUGCAGAGGGUGAAUCACAUGGCAUCGAGCAUAUCGUGCUACCCCAGGAUCAUGUAGGUCUGGGCCUUUGCUUCGGUGAGGACUAUUCCAAAGCAGGAGUGGUUGUCAGGUCCCUGAUCCAGCACGGCACUGCCAGUAAGGACGGCAGGAUAAAGGCUGGAGACCGAGUCGUGGCAGUGGGGGGUGAACCUAUAGCCGGACUGUCAGUAGAAGAGGUGUCCAGUUUGAUUCUCAAAGAUCCGGUCACUGUCAAGCUCUCCAUCAGCCGAUCCAAGACUCUCCCUUUCUCCUCUUCUCAGUCUCUCCCUUCAGCACUUUCCCAUCACCCCCACCUUCCCGCUGUUUCAUCUGAACCCCGUCGAGUCUCUCAGUCUUCUUCUAUGUCCCUCGGCACAGAGCAAACCUCUCCAGCAGAGUGCUCUCAUUGGCCACCCUCAAGUCCUUCAACUUCUGACCCCCGGAGCUGCCCGGUCUUAGCUGGGAGGGAAACCACCAUAGAAAUUUGCAAAGAAAGCUUAGGCCUGGGCCUCAGCAUCGUAGGAGGAUGUGACACCCUUCUGGGGGCAGUAAUAAUCCAUGAAGUGAAUGAUGGCGGCGCAGCACAGAGAGAUGGAAGGCUGCAGGCUGGAGACCAAAUAUUAGAGGUGAAUAACAUAGACCUGCGGCAGGCCACGCAUGACGAGGCGAUUGCAGUCCUGCGGCUCACCACCCAACGAGUUCGGCUGCGUGUCUUCAGGCACCAGGAGGCCUACCGGGAGGAAGACCUGUGGGACAUCUUUAGUCUGGAACUCACACCUCGUCCAGAGGAAGGCCUGGGGUUCACCACCGUGGGGAAGAGCGAUGACACAGGCAUCUUCGUGUCAGAAAUCAUCAGAGGAAGCGUUGCAGAAUCAGACGGCAGCUUGCUACAUGGUGACCAGAUUCUGUCGAUCAAUGGGGAAGAUGUUCGCGCCGCGUCACAGGAGCAUGCGCAGAGACUUCUACAGGAGUGCACUGGAGCAGUCCACCUAGAGGUAGCUCGUUUUAAAGCUGGGCUCCGGUAUUCCCAGAGGAGUAAGGAAUAUUUUCAGUUGUGUUUUAUCCAGAGCGAAGCCUCUGACUGCUCCACUCUGACCAGCAAAAGUGGAUGUGAUUCAUCUUUUUGCCACCAGAGGGAGACGGAUAACAAAACACGGAGCUGCAGUAAGCGUUUUAUUUAUUCAGAAGCUGAGCUCAGAAAAGUAACAAUAGAGAAGGGUCCAGGUGACACCCUGGGAAUCAGUUUAGCUGGAGGAGUAAGUAGUCCCCAUGGCAACGCACCUCUUUUCAUUGCUUCUAUGGAUACCGAUGGACUGGCCGCCAAAACAUGGAAAUUAGAGACAGGAGACAGGAUCCUCAGCAUCAACGAUGUGUCCACGGAGGGAAUGACUCAUGACCAUGCUGAAGCCCUGCUCAAAAACGCCACCGGAACCAUCAGUCUGCAGGUGGCAGCUGCUUUCGAAGGGGGCAGCUCACAGGAUCCAAGUGAAGCUCAUGUCAGCUCAUCAGAUCCAACCAGCAGCUGCUCUCAGAAUAACUUCUGUCCACGCGUUUAUAAGACCAUCAGUCUGGAGAGAGGUUUGUCAGGCCUGGGCUUCAGCAUAGUGGGGGGGUUUGGCAGCCCUCAUGGAGACCUGCCGAUCUACGUGAAAACUAUUUUCAGCAAGGGGGCAGCCGUUGAGGACGGCAGACUGAAACGAGGCGAUCAGAUCAUUGCUGUGAAUGGACACUGCCUGGAAGGUGUGACGCAUGCGGAAGCUGUGGAAAUCUUAAAAAAGACCAAAGGAACUGUAGUCUUAACUGUUCUCUCCUGAGUAAAACUUCACUGUGUCCCAGCUUAAACGCACACAUGACCGAUA